UCCCCCUCGAUCCGAGCGGUCGCGGCGCCGGCAUGGCGCGGUUCGAGGUGAACGGCAAGUCCGUGGAGGGCGUGGACCUGCUGCGGCGGCGCCACUGGACGGCGCGCCUCGACUUCUGGCCUUUCCUCGCGCUCUACGCGCUCUGGCUGCUGCUCGCCGUCCCGGCGCUCGACUUCACCGACGCCCUCGUCAUCCUCGGCGUGCUCUCCGCCUCCCACAUCCUCGCGUUCCUCUUCACCGCUUGGUCCGUCGACUUCCGGGCCUUCGUCGGCCACUCCAAGGUGAAGGAUAUCCAUGCGGCGAAUGCAUGCAAAGUAAUCCCCGCCAAGUUCCUGGGGUCAAAAGAGAUUGUGCCUCUGCAUAUACAGAAAACUGUUGCCUCUUCAUCAGCUUCAGGUGAGACGGAGGAGAUCUACUUUGAUUUCCGGAAGCAGAGAUUCUUCUACUCGGCAGAGAAGGAUAACUUCUUCAAGCUCCGGUAUCCGACGAAGGACUUAUUUGGGCAUUACAUCAAGGGCACCGGGUAUGGAACAGAGGCCAAGAUAAACACUGCUGUGGACAAGUGGGGGAGAAACAUAUUUGAGUAUCCACAGCCCACAUUCCAGAAAUUAAUGAAGGAGCAAUGCAUGGAACCAUUUUUUGUUUUCCAGGUUUUUUGUGUUGGCCUUUGGUGUCUGGAUGAGUAUUGGUACUACAGUCUGUUUACUCUUUUCAUGCUCUUCCUAUUUGAGUCUACUAUGGCAAAGAAUAGAUUGAAGACAUUGACUGAGCUUAGGCGUGUGAAAGUUGAUAAUCAGAUUGUGUUGACUUACCGCUGUGGAAAAUGGGUUAAAAUCACAGGGACAGAACUAUUACCUGGAGAUAUUGUGUCAAUAGGACGCUCGCCUAGUGGUGAAGAUAGAUCUGUACCAGCAGAUAUGCUAUUAAUGGCUGGAUCCGCAAUAGUAAAUGAAGCUAUUCUUACAGGAGAGUCUACUCCGCAGUGGAAGGUCUCAGUUGCUGGUCGUGGCCCUGAUGAAAUGUUAUCGAUAAAGCGAGAUAAGAAUCAUAUCCUAUUUGGUGGCACCAAGAUACUGCAACACACACCAGAUAAGUCUGUAAAUCUUCGAGCACCUGAUGGUGGUUGUGUAGCUUUUGUAAUGAGGACUGGAUUUGAGACUAGCCAGGGAAAAUUGAUGAGAACUAUCUUAUUCUCAACUGAGAGGGUUACUGCGAAUAGCAAGGAAAGUGGCCUGUUUAUACUAUUCUUGCUUUUCUUUGCGAUAAUUGCAUCAGGUUAUGUGCUUAUGAAGGGACUGGAGGAUCCUACAAGGAGCAGAUAUAAACUUUUCUUGAGUUGUUCGUUGAUUCUUACUUCUGUGAUCCCUCCUGAACUGCCGAUGGAGUUGUCUAUAGCGGUUAAUACAUCUUUAAUUGCGUUGGUACGGCGCGGCAUUUUCUGCACAGAACCAUUCAGAAUACCAUUUGCUGGGAAGGUUGACAUAUGCUGCUUUGAUAAGACUGGGACAUUGACAUCGGAUGAUAUGGAGUUCCAAGGGGUUGUUAGUCUGGAAGGCGAUGAAGAAUUAAUAUCUGAUGCAAACAAGCUUCCUCUCCGCAUUCAAGAAGUGCUGUCCAGUUGCCAUGCAUUAGUAUUUGUGGAUAACAAACUGGUUGGUGACCCCCUUGAAAAAGCUGCAAUAAAGGGCAUAGACUGGAUCUACACCUCUGACGAGAAGGCCAUGUCUAGGAGACCUGGUGGCCAACCUGUACAGAUUGUACACAGAUAUCACUUUGCUUCUCACUUGAAGAGAAUGUCUGUUAUUGUGCGUAUUCAGGAGAAAUUUUAUGCUUUCAUAAAGGGCGCUCCAGAGACCAUCCAAGAGAGGUUAGUUGAUUUACCUGCUGCAUAUGUGGAAACAUACAAAAAGUACACGCGCCAGGGCUCUCGGGUCUUAUCUCUUGCAUACAAACUGCUGCCAGAGAUGCCUGUUAGUGAAGCUAGGGGUCUGGAAAGGGAUCAGGUGGAAAGCGACUUGAUUUUUGCUGGUUUUGCGGUCUUUAACUGUCCUAUAAGGAGUGACUCAGCUGCUGUCUUGCUCGAAUUGGAUCAAUCUUCCCAUGACUUGGUUAUGAUCACUGGGGACCAAUCGUUGACUGCUUGCCAUGUUGCUAGCCAAGUAAAUAUUUGUUCCAAACCGGUUCUAAUUUUAACACGGUUGAAGACUAGUGGAUUUGAGUGGGUAUCCCCUGAUGAAACUGACAAAGCUCCAUACAGAGCUGAGGAGGUUAAAGAGUUAUCAGAAUCGCAUGAUCUUUGCAUUAGUGGUGACUGUUUUGAAAUGUUACAAAGAACUGAAGCUGUCCUCCAAGUCAUUCCUCAUGUCAAGGUUUUUGCACGUGUUGCUCCAGAACAAAAAGAACUUGUACUAACAACAUUUAAGACCGUUGGGAGGGUGACACUGAUGUGUGGAGAUGGAACCAAUGAUGUUGGUGCACUGAAACAGGCACAUGUUGGCAUAGCUCUGUUAAAUGCAGAACCGGCGCAGAAAGCUGACUCGAAAUCUCAGUCAUCCAAACAUGAUAGCAAAUCAGGGAAGUUGAAAAAACCGAAACCUGCUAACGAGUCGUCAUCACAAUUGGUUCCACCAGCCAGCAGUUCCGCUAAAGCAUCCAGCAGCCGCCCCUUGACUGCUGCUGAGAAACAGCGAGAAAAGUUGCAGAAGAUGUUAGAUGAAAUGAAAGAAGAAGGUGAUGGCCGAGCACCGGUUGUACAGCUUGGUGAUGCUUCCAUGGCCUCACCUUUCACAGCAAAGCAUGCCUCUGUUGCCCCCACGCUUGAUAUUAUCCGCCAGGGGAGAAGCACCCUUGUCACUACACUCCAGAUGUUCAAGAUUCUUGGACUCAACUGCCUUGCAACAGCAUAUGUUCUGAGUGUAAUGUACUUGGAUGGUGUCAAACUGGGUGAUGUUCAAGCUACUAUUAGUGGUGUCUUCACUGCGGCUUUCUUCCUCUUCAUUUCCCAUGCUCGUCCACUUCAAGCACUGUCUGCAGAGCGCCCUCAUCCUAACAUCUUCUGUGCAUACGUCUUCCUUUCCAUUCUUGGUCAGUUUGCCAUGCACUUGUUCUUUUUGAUGUCAGCUGUCAACGAAGCAGCCAAGUAUAUGCCAGAGGAAUGCAUUGAGCCUGAUUCGGAGUUCCAUCCAAACCUUGUCAACACAGUUUCAUACAUGGUGAACAUGAUGAUCCAAGUGGCGACAUUUGCUGUGAACUAUAUGGGCCACCCAUUUAACCAGAGCAUAUCUGAGAACAAGCCUUUCAAGUAUGCCCUCUAUGCAGCUGUUGCUUUCUUCACAGUGAUCACAUCGGAUAUGUUCAGGGAUCUGAAUGACUAUAUGAAGCUUGAACCCUUGCCUGAAGGAAUGAGGGGCAAACUGAUGCUCUGGGCUAUGCUUAUGUUCUGUGGUUGUUAUGGAUGGGAGCGGUUUUUGCGAUGGCAAUUCCCAGGCAAGAUGCCAGCGUGGGAGAAGCGGCAGAAACAGGCAGUUGCAAACCAAGACAAAAAGCAGGCAUAGGAUCUUGUAUUUUUUUCCCCUUCACAUCUCCACUGCCAUUUGUCAUUUGGCAACGAUCUUGUCACUAGUGAACUGAUCAUGGUUGCACUCUAAUAUGUAGUUUAGGAGAAUUUUGUCAGACUCUUUAAGCCCUAUUUGUAGGAGGGUAGUCACUCAACAUACAUGCCUGGUAUGGAGGGUCAGAUUUUUCAGGUUCCAUACCUUCUGCUAAUGAUGACAUGAAUAUGGAUGAACAUACCAUUGAACACACCAAUGGUUUAUGAGUUAUCUGCUGUUAUACCAUUGAACACACCAAUGAUUUUAUGAGUUAUCUGCUGUUUGAGUUA